GUCUAUGUCUCUGCAUUGCGUUUUGAAUUCAACCAAAGGUUGUUUUUGUUCUUCUGCUUCACAACUUCAGCUCUACUACACUCUCUACAUCACACUUCUCUUUCCUUCUUUUUCUCUAUUUCUUCUCUACCUUCUUCUACUCUAGGGUUUUCUUUUCAACUCAAUUACACUCAUAAUUAUACAACAAACAAAUACAAUGUUCAGUUUCUUAACCGGAAAAGACGCUAGAAAGAUUCUCAAGCGCAAAGAUAGCGAUGCUGGUGAAAAAGGAAGGGCUUUGGAAGACUUGAGGGCCUCUAUCUUUAAUCAAUUUAAUUUCUCCGACGGUGCAAAACGUCAACAGCGGCGUCUAUGUGGUCCAGCUACUGCACUCACCUUCAAUUUUGUGGUUGCAGUUGGUAUUAUUUUCGUAAACAAAAUGGUGCUUCAAACUGUUAAAUUCAAAUUCCCUAUACUUCUCACACUAAUUCACUAUGUAGUGAGCUGGUUUUUAAUGGCAGUACUAAAAGCAUUUUCUCUCCUUCCUCCAUCUCCUUCCUCUAAAUCAACUCGAAUGUCAACUUUAUUUACCCUUGGAUUUGUUAUGUCUCUAUCUACCGGCUUCGCUAAUGUUAGCUUGAAGUAUAAUAGCAUUGGUUUCUAUCAGAUGGCAAAGAUUGCAGUGACGCCAUCAAUAGUUUUUGCAGAAUUCGUAUUGUAUAGGAAGAAAGUAUCUCUGCCCAAGGUGUUAGCAUUGACAGUGGUAUCUGUUGGCGUUGCUGUGGCUACAGUGACGGAUUUGCAGUUCCAUUUAUUUGGUGCUUGUGUAGCGUUGGCGUGGAUUGUACCAAGUGCUGUAAAUAAGAUCCUUUGGUCAAGAUUGCAGCAGCAAGAGAACUGGACAGCUUUGUCGCUGAUGUGGAAAACGACACCUAUUACAUUGAUUUUCCUUGCUGCCAUGUUACCAUGCUUAGACCCUCCAGGUGUACUCUCCUUUGAUUGGAACUUGAGCAACACUUUGGUGAUUUUCGGAUCCGCCAUUCUUGGAUUCUUGCUGCAGUGGUCUGGUGCUUUAGCACUAGGAGCUACAUCGGCCAUUUCACACGUUGUCCUCGGGCAGUUUAAGACAUGCGUCCUACUUCUAGGAAACUAUUAUCUCUUUGCAUCUAAUCCCGGCACAAUCAGUAUCUUCGGCGCAUUCACAGCCAUUGGCGGUAUGUCUGUUUAUACGUACCUUAAUUUGAAUCAGCAAUCAAACAAAGGUUCUCCUCGACAAGCUUCCACCUUACCCAAAUCAAAACUUGGCAAAGAAAAUGGCAGCACCAAUGGCAAUGAUGCACAUUAUGGUGCAGAGUCUGUCUAACUUUAUGAUUUUUUCCUCAUGUUUAUGGAUCCUCAUCUAACCAUUUUGAGGUGUUAGAUAGUGAUGUGUUAACUAUAAUAUAUGAUCAGAGAAAAACUAGACACUGGCCCAUGAAUCUUUUCGACAUGGCAUCUACUGCUCAUGAGAACUUGGAACACCAUUUGUAUAUGAAUGAUUUGGUGGAUUCCUCGUGAAAACUAAUUUUCUUUUUCUUUGGAUUUUUUAAUAGAAGCUACAGCUGCAUUAUGUUUUUA